UCAAAUUUUAUAUACGUUUCGCACGACAGGCAAGAUGAGUCAGUAGUUCACCGAACAGCUUGCACACGCAAGUGUGCCGACACAACUAAAUAACCAUGAAAGCCAAAAUGGCGCUCAUUUCGAGCAACGUCGCACAGACGACACAAAUUUCUUUUCAUCAUAUUUUAAUACCUCUUGAUUGGGUCUACGUCAAUGAUGACAUCCAGUCAGAACCAAGGGAUGUGGUUAUGGAAGCUCGAGCCAGUGUCCCCUAGUGGGACACUGUCAUCUGAUGUAGAGGAUGAUUGGCUUUUAUUUGAUGAUAAAACUGUGGAGACUACUAAAAAUGCUGAACCCAUUAUAUAUGAAAAACAUCCGACCCGAGCACAAGUUGCUACAAAACUGUUAGAAGAAUUAGAUGAAUGGAUUAAAGAAGAGCCUUUUUCGGAUUGGUUGGAGGAAAAAAUAGAAUUGCCCAUAUUCGAGGAAUUACCAGCUCCUGAAAGUGGACAUCUUAAGCCAACAACAUAUAAUGAAGUUACAAAGAUCCCUCAACAAGAUGAUACCCAAACCCUACUGCAAGAAUUUGAGACAGUCCUGGGAGAUGUGGAAGCUUGCCAUCAAAUAGUCCCUACAUCAAGUUCCACACUUACACCACCUCAGUCACCACCACCACAUAAACCAUUAAACAUGGAUACCCAAUUACUCGUUACUUUACAACCUGUACAACCAUUAUAUUCUAAUCAUCAAUCCAUGUACAGUGUGGUAAUUCCAGAAGAAAAAACAUACGUUAAUGAAGUACCUGUGCAAUGGAAUACAAAAAAUAUACCAUUGGAUUCACUGAACACAGACGUCGCGCACGACUUAGCUGUGGUGGACGAAUAUGUACGUUUGCAAACCGAGGAUAUUCCGCCAUCUAGUCCAUGUACUAGUUCCGGUGGUAGUUACACAUCAUCGGAAGAUUCUGUUGACGAUCCAGAUUGGAUUUUAGAGACCGGGAGGAAAUGUACAAAACAAUCAACGAGCGCUUCGGCCAGAAGUCGCCAGAAACCUUACUCCCGUCCAUCUGUGGAAGAUAAAAAAGUGCGGAAAAAAGAACAAAAUAAAAAUGCUGCUACGCGUUAUAGACAAAAGAAAAAGCAAGAAAUAAAAGAUAUAUUGGGCGAAGAACGCGAACUUACGGAACAUAAUGACAAAUUGAAAAAUCAAGUAAAAGAUUUGCAGCGAGAAAUAGGGUACUUAAAGGGCUUGAUGAGAGACUUAUUUAAAGCCAAGGGUCUGAUCAAAUAAUCCAUUUAUCAACUACAGUUUUGUUUCAUCAUUUUUUUUUAAAUUUAUUAAUCUUUUUUUGACACUAACUAUUUUACAAUGGUCUUAAUAAUGUAUUGUAGUAUAUAGACUUAGAUUACUGAUUGUUAUUCCCUUCUCUUUUUUAAAACGAGCAACAUAUUUGAACAUAUAUCUAAAGUCUAUCACAGCUUUUUAGUAGGACUACAAAACUAUCAUCAUGUAAUCCAUAAAGUAUACACCAUCCCUUGAUUUACAGAGGGUCCGUUAAGAUUAGCAAACAAGAUGCAUUAAGUGACCAAAGAAUUUACGAAGUAUACAGCCCUAUGAAACUCUGUCGAGUGGAAACUUGUUGUUGCUGAGAAUUCUGCGAGUGAUUUAAUGCAUCUUAAUGACGCAAAUUUUUUCAUUCCAAAACAAUUCUAACCCAAUCAAGUUAUGAGUUUUCUUACAAAAAAUAUUGUAUUAGAAAAGUAAUACGUGGGUUAUUGUGUAAUAAAUAUCGACGUUAUUGUCAAAAAUA